GGGUGUUGUCUACCUCCACCCGCUACCUCACCGCGAGCGAAUUCUGGACGAAGGAGUUGUUUCAGGAGAAAAAAGCGAGUACUAAGGAGCUACAACCGAAACGGAAAGAAUUACAGCGGUCAUCUAAAAGUGGCCAGCAGAUGAAAAAAAGCCUCGCGGAGCAGGAAACUGCGCUGGUGCUUGCUGCGCCGGGUGAAGACCACGACGAGGCAGAUUUUUUCAACAAGACUCCUUUACACAAAAAAAUCGCCGGGGCAACGGAAAAGCACUACGAGUCUUCGGUGUUCAACGCGUUCAUCGCAAAUCACGUGGUCCCAGACAACAGCCGACACAUUGAUCUGCAUAACGAAAUUCAGUGGUUUGAGAAAUACGCGAAGACGAUCGGCUCGUCGGAAAGAGACGGCGGUGGUCAUGGUGGAUUUAUUUCGAGGAAGCAGCAGCAUUUUCCUCCCCAGUUCGAGAAGUGGUGGGAUUCGUGGCACGACCGCCAUACGACGACCUUCGAAGUAGAUGAAGAUGCAGGUGAACGAACAACAACUGACAGAAAACCUACUUCUCGCCAGCGUGCUGCCACUGAGGAGACGGAAUUCUCUGUCGCGACGUCGAGCAGCGGUGGAUCGGAGGUCGGCAGUGAAACGGAAGUAGAUGCGGGAGAAGAGGACGAGGAGGAGAAAAGAUUUGGCCGAGGUGGUUCAGCGGAAAAAGUUAGAACUGGAUCAGCCACAGCUUUCUCUCCCGCCACGAAGCGCCGCCGGUUGAACGCGGCAUUUGGGGACGGACGCAAUGGAUAUGGAGGGGAAGUAGAUGAUGUUAAUGCCGCCGCGGAGGUGCAAAACUACGACCUUGUACAACUGGACCAAAGGCUAGCUAAACCACUGACGAAAAAGGGGAAGAAAAAGCGGCGGUACUUCGCUUCCCUGGGUAGUUACAACGCAGGUGCUGUUGCUCCAGGGAGCAGGGGCAACGGCCUCAACAAUCACCUCCCAGAAACCCGGUUGAAGAACCUCUUCGAGCCGUUCGAGGCCCAGCUGCCCUAUUAAAAUGAAAAAUGCCCCCACCCCAGAACUUGGCAACUAUAUCAGCAUUACAAAUUUUCCAUGCUGAAUAGCUCAAUAAAUUUGUGUUGCAAAGGAGCCCAACAGCAGCCGGGUCUGCCACGCAAAAAACACCUAGCGCACCUAGAUUCUGCACCAGAAAGGCGUGUAGUCCUUUCAUGCAACACAAAAAGCUUUCACUUGGAAACCUUGCAUGAGAAAGUUUUGCAAAUUCAGGGGUGGUGGCAUUUUUCACUGUAAUAUACCCCAUGUUCUCUUCUGCCGCAUCACGGGCGAGCAUUCGCUGCUGCCGUCCGAUAUCAACUGCAAAAGUGUCUAGGUCUGGAAACUUGUAAUGCUGCGUUGGGAAUAGUGAGCGCUGUGUGAUGCACAGGCGAGCAUGAGAAAUAUCUGCGCUUCUUUGUGUUGCGUUUUUCGCGUGACAAACUGCGUUUUUGCAUGACAGGCAAAAGGAUCUCUUCUUUGACACGCAUCACAAGUUUUUUGGUCAUGCCGGACAAGCAUGACAAAUCUCAAAAUCUUCCAGACCCAGACACUUUUGCAUUUGAUAUCCGACCACCAGAUGCAGCCGCUGCAGGGGUUGCACAUCAUGUCGCCCUUUGACACGAUUGACCCCAACACGCUAAGUAUCCUGUGUAAAAACGUCCUCGCCCCAGAGAUGCAAUGCAAAUCUGCAUGCCAAAAAAGUUUGUCAUGCGGAGCCCAAUGAGAAGCAUUAUCUAGUCGCGUUUUGGAAUUUGUGAUGCUAGAAUCAGCAUGAUCUGGUAGUUCUGUGUUGCUGCUGAACUAGCUGAAGAGGAUCGCACUAUAAGGGCAAAGUUGUCAUGCUAAACAACCAAAGCUGGUGGAUUUGUUUAGCAGAUUUCCCAUCUUGACUACGGGGCGGGGACGUUUUCCCACAGGAUACUAAGACUCUCCGGCGCGUCAAUGAUUAGCGACCUGAAACUCUCCGACGUGUAUCAAUUGCGAAUACGUCCGUGUGUCUCGCAGUGUGCAAACUUGUGAUGCGGAGUCUCGAAUGGAGAACAGUCUGUCUUGCAGAAUCAGCAGGAGGUAUGUGCUUUUUGUCUUCCGAAGAGAGCUCUUGUCAUGCAGGCUUGGCAUGAAGGAGCCUCUGCGGAUCUUGUCAUGCUCGGCUUGCAUGCCAGAACUUCUCGCAGGUCUAAGAAAUGCAAGACAAACUUCUGCACUCUUCCAGCGCCAGCCGCAGACAUAUUUGCAGUGGAUAACGUGCUCAUUUGCCGGGACAGCAGCACGUCCAGCUACGCGCAGGCGGUCGCACUGCACAUCCAGACGGCGACGGUCUUCUGGCUGGAGCAGUGUCUGCUAAAACGAAAAUGUUUUUCCGUGAACGCCGACAAAAGGAGGUUUGCCGUCCACGGCUUCGCGAAGGCGCACGUGGCGUGGCGCAAGCGGUACCUGGAGGGCUUCGUCUUUCUGCUCGAAGACCACCUGAUGGAAAAGGAGUCGGAUAAACUGCGGAUGCAGUACAUGAUUUGGCACGGCGGGGGCAACUGCACGACGUACCCCGACGACCCGGGCAUCACGCACGUGGUGGUCCACCCAACCGCGCCACCCUUCGUGCGCCGGCGAGUAGGGAGUCGGUACACUAUGAACUGCAAAAGAAUCGUACUCGUAUAAAUGCAUUACAAAUUUCCUCAGCAUGAGAAAUAAAAUUUGUAAUGCGGAUUUACCUUAACAAAAGGAUUUGGAAUGCAUGAUUGCAAUACGAGUGCGAUACUUUUGCACAGGAUAUACUCUACCGGUGACGAAGACGAGGACGUGAGUUUCGUUUCCACCAUGUGGGUAUCAAAUGCAAAUGUGUCUGGGUAUGGAAGCUUGUGAUGCUAAAAUGUGGAUGAUGGAAACAGUUUCGAAUGCAACUUUGCAUGACAACUUUAUUCAAGAACGCUUUCUCAUAGGCAAUCCGCAUGAGAAACUGCGUGCUUGCAUGUACAAACGACGCUGCGACUUUUGUUGGUUAUGCAAUACAGAUUGCCUAGGUAUGGAAAGCGAGCAUUAAAAGUUCCAAUCUUCCAGACCCAGACGUUUUUGCAUUUGAUAGUGGGUCGAGGACUGCUUCUACCAGGAAGGGUACCUGCCGGAAAUCAAAGCGUUGAACGUGCGGACAGAACUGGAUUUCAAGAUGGAGCAGCAGCACGGGGUGCUUUUACCAGAUCCGGGGAAGAACGAUAUCCAGCCUAUCAUGAACGAGGACGGGUCGACCGCGUUCUUUGGAGGGUCUCUCCCACCAGGUGCAGCUGUUCCAACCAAACCGAUCUUUUUGCAGAAAAAUUCCACAGCGAGUAUCUUCGGAGACCCUUCCAACGGCGGUGCACCAGGGCAGCUGCUUCAGCAGCAGCACGGGGGCGGGGCAGCAAAUAAUGCGACAGGCCUUUUCAGCGCUGGUGGUUUAUUUCCCGCCGGGAGUGGCGCUAGCAACUCAGCAAUGUUUGGCGCAAGUCGUAGUUCUUCUGAUCAAAAUUAUCUGCAACAAAACACCACUAUGACAAACCUUUUCAACGCGAACUUGCACCAACACAACGCCCCGUCCACCCCGGCGAACUCGGUGGUCAGCUCCGGGAGUCAGGAGCAGCGGGAAUUUCCGAAGUCGGGGUACCUGAUAUCAUUUGGAAAAACGUCCCCACUCCAGAGUUGUCAUGCAGAUUUGCAAUGACAGGAACAUUUGUAAUGCGCAUCGCCAGGAGAGGCAUUUCUAGUCGUGUUUUAGCAUUUGUAAUGCUAUAAACAGGAUAAGCAGCUGGAUUUCUGAUGCGGCUGGCCUUGCUAACCUGAACUACACUCCGGACGGCAACUUGUGAUGCGUGACCCCCAAAAGUUCUCGGUUUAUGUAGUAAAGUCCCCAUCUUGACUCUGGGGUGGGGAUGUUUUUACUCAGGAUACGUGAAACUCGAGAAAUCCGCACUGGAUCCGAAUAUCAGCCACUGUUUCGAAAACAAGCUGCUCGCCAUCAGCAGCGACGGCACGAAGGUGGGCGACCAGCGCAUGAAAAAGGUCGGCACCACGGCGCUGAAACGCGGCGGGGCGCUCUGUUUUGGGGACGAGGUGUACAAGCGGGAAAAGGAAAUCGACUACUUCGUUUUGGAUCACGGGGUGAAAUUGAGCGAGGCGUUCCCCCAUUUGAAACGCCGGGAGGAGCUGCGGACGGACCGGGUGGUCUCGUUGAUUUGGGUGGCGUUUUCGGCUAUCAAAUGCAAAAAUGUCUGGGUCUGGAACAAAGCAACUUGUCAUGCUAAAUCUGAAUCAUGUAAAGAUCUGUGUUGCAUCAUUACCAAAAGCUGUCGACUUUUGACCUAAUCGAGAGGCAGUUUCUCAUGCAGAAUAGGCAUGAUAGAUCUCUCACAGAAUCUGUCAUGCUAUGUCCUACAUACCAGACCUCAUGGGUCAUGGAAAGCCUGCAUGACAAGUCUGGCACUCUUCCAGACCCAGACAUUUUCACAUUUGAUAUCGACCCGGCAGGGGCGCCUGAUGAUUCCCGUGAUAAACAAAUGGUACCCGAUGUGGAAUCCUUGUCGGGUAUGCAUUGCAAAAAUGUCUGCGUCUGCAAACAUGGAACUUGUAAUGCUAGUCCUGCAUUCCACCUGUAAGAUCUGUAUUGCAUGAACUCAUUUGUCAUAUAAAAGUGCAGCUUGUCAUGCGAAAUGCGCAUCACAAAGUGGUAGUUCGGCAAGCUUGUCAUGCUUGGCUGCCUUGUGAAGUAUAAUUUCAGUCGUGCACAGUUCAGCAUUAGAAGUUUCCAGACCCAGACAUGUUUGCGUUUGAUAUCUGGAGCGGUUCUGCAACUCACUCCUGAACAACCCGGACGUGCACACGGAGGCGGACCCCCGGGUUAUCAAGUGCAAAAAUGUCUGGGUCCGGAAGAAUGCAUGUUUGUCAUGCUUGUCUGGCAUGACUCUUGAAUCUGUCAUGCACGUUACCCAAGCGCUCCAUUUUUCUGUCAUGCAGAAACGCUGUUUGUCAUGCAGAAUAGGCAACACCUAGAAGGAGCUCGGAAGCUUGUCAUGCUGGGCCGGCACUUGUGGCCUCAUCAUAAUACGCCACCCAGCAUCACAAGUUUCCAGACCCAGACAUUUUUGCAUUUGAUACGGGUUUUCACCCUCCACUUCUUCGGCCUGAACCGGAAAUCCGACCCGGAGGCGGCCUAUCUGAAGGUCCUGGCGCACGAACUUGGGGUAUGCAUUGCAAAAGUAUCGAGUCCUAGUAUAAAUGGCAAUGCAAAUAAUUCUCCUAGAAGAAGAAGAAGCGCAAUUUGUAAUGCUGAUUUGCCCUAUGCCAUUUAGAUCUGCCAUGCGCAACUGCGAUCAGUACGAGUGUGACACUUUUGCACAGCAUACGGGGCGAAAUCCGACAACAAGUGGCAGGAGGUGAGCCACAUCGUGGUGGGCAAGGACGUACUGGAGCGGUGUAACGGCUUCAAAAUGAAAAUUCCGGAGAAACUAGCCGUCGCGUUCAACAGUGGGGUGCGGAUCGGGCACAAAGACCCGGAACUCUCGAACGUGAACAAGGACUCGGGAAAGUUCUGGAAGUAUUUGGAGAAACUGGAUGUCGGUGACGCGAAGGAAUACUCCCAGCUGGUGCAACAGCAAACGCAAGGGUAUUUAUCACUUGCGGGCGGUAGUUGUAAGAACGGGGGAGCUGCUGCAGCGUCCUCUUCUUCAAAUAAAACCCAAACCGGGAAUCCCGCCGCCGCAGUCACCGACUCGCAAUAUCUGCAGAGUCUGAACACGCAACAGAAGAAUAACGAGGAACGAAUGCAGGAGUCUUUUUCCGUGCUGGACCAAAGUACUAUGGCGUUUUUUCCGAAAACGCAAAAGAUUCCCGACGGUAGCAACAAAGAAGGGCAAAACCACGAUCCGUCGCAAGUGGACCAGCUUCCGGUAGUGGCGGCGAGUACGAGUGCACUAGUAGCCGGAUCAGCAGCAGCAAAGGAGAACUCCUUGCCCGCGUCUGGCAUUACAAAUAGUGCGCCCAGUUACAACUCUCUGAUUCUCGACGCGAAGGACAAACCUUCGGCCGAUUUUCUGUUCGUAGAAAAGAUCUUUGAGUACCUCCAGCGCGGCAAGCCGGUGGUGGGUUUUGGCUGGCUGUGCGACGUGUACGCCGGGGCGAAGUUCAAAUCGCCAAAAGAGUACGAAGUCUUUCACACCCUAGACGACGUGGACGAGGAGACCAAAAACGUGAAAAUUCUCGAGUACAACCCGCACGAGAAGCAGUGGUACCUGGUGUUGAAACCAAAAGAACAAAAUCGGGACAACUGGUGGCCCCUCAGCAUGACAGUCCGGUAUCAACUGCAAAAAUGCCUGAGUCUGGAAACUUGUAAUGCUGCGCUGGGAAAAAUAGUGGAUGCUCUGUGAUCAUGCACAGGCAAGCAUGAGAAAUAUCUGCGCUUCUUUGUGUUGCGUUUUUCGCAUGAGAAAGUGCGUUUUUGCAUGACAGGCAAAAGGGUCUCUUCUUGGACACGCGUCACAAACUUUUUGGUCAUGCCAGACAAGCAUGACAAAUCUCGCAAUCUUCCAUUCACGACACUAUUUGCAUUUGAUAUCCGGAGCCUCGCGGCCAGUCGGAGUCACGCGAGUAGGAAGUUGCAGCAGAUGAACAAUGGAAAGAACAAGACUUAUCCUGAGUAAAAACGUCUGUACCCCAUAGUCAAGGUGGGAACUUUGCAACACAAGUCCAGCACAGUUUUGGGAGUCACGCAUGACAAAUUUUCUAUAGGACUAGAAAUGCCUCUCAUGCGGAUGCGCAUGACAAGCGUUCCUGCAAUUGCAAACCUGCAUGACAUUUUUGCUCAGCAUAUGACUCCCAGCAAUGCUAGCGACAAUGCGCGCUUGCAAAUGCACUCGCGGACGCGGUCGCAGUUUGUGGGGCAGGCGUUCAAGAUUUCCCCGACGGCCGUGUUGCGGUACUACAACGAUCAGAGACUGGAUCUGCUGCAGUUUCUCUCACAGGAUCUGAAAACGGUGAUUGUGCAGGACGACGACCGGGAAUUGAUUCGCGAAAACGGCUAUCAAAUGUAAAAAUGUCUGAGUCUGGAAGAUUCUGACACUUGUCAUGCACGUUUUGCAUGAGCCCUGAUGCCUGUGAUGCAUGCCCUAGCAAUACAGACUUUCUGAGGGCCUCUUGAUGCCUAUUCCGCAUGACAGAUGCCUUCUCAGCGUAGCAAAAAUUGCAUUCCCUUUGGUACUCAUGCAAUACAGAUUUUUUUGGAAUCCAAACGCAGCAUCACAAGUUGCAUUCUUCCAGACCCAGACAUUUUUACAUUUGAUAACGGCAAGAAAAUCCUCCACCUCGCCAGUGCGGACUACGAUGACCCGGAAACCCUGCUCAAGCUCUAUAACUUGCUCAGGUGUUACAAUCUCAAGCGUUACACUAGAAUAUAGAAAUCUGUGAUGCAGGAAGUGCAUGAUCUGCCGUAGUCUCAUCGGUUUGCGCAUGACAAGCUUGGGCACCCAAAACGACCCCAUUGAUAUGUGGCGAAAUUUGUAUUGCGAAGGGCGCAACGCUACGUACGUUCCUCAUGCUCUUCAUGCAAGGCAAAAUCCAGACUCUAUUGUAAACGUUUGAGAUUGUAACGUUUGAGAACUCCAUAAGCUCUGGCCCGAGUGCGAGCCGGUCGUGAACAUCACCACGCAACAGGCAAUAUCCAGUGCAAAAGUAUCUGAUACUCGUAUUGCAGUCAUGCAUUACAAAUCUUUUUCUUGAGGUAAAUGCGCAUUACAAAUUUUGUUUCUCAUGCUGAGGAAAUUUGUCAUGCGAUUUCUACUAGUAUCUGAUACUUUUGCAGUUCAUAGGGAAAACAGUUGCAGCAGUACUGCGAACGAAACGUAGAACAGGCGAAACACAUUCCGCGGGGAGUAUAUGGAUGUGUCAGAGUUGAAAUCGACAAAGUUGAAAUAAUUUGUCAUGCAUAAAAUGGAUGCCAGUUGGAACCCAGUUUCCAAGUGGCGCAUGACAAAUUUCGGUGGUCCCUAAAUCCAGUGUGUCAUGCUGUUUAGGCAAAGAAGAGCGAUUUUCUCAUGCUACUUUAGCAGCUCGAGUUGUAACCCCAAACAGGCUUACAAUCGGCCUCACUUGCCUGCUCUGCAACACGAGUGCCUCGGGUCAUGCAUUUUAUGCAUGACAAAUUAUUUCAACUUUGUCGAUUUCAAACCUGACACAUCCAUAUAGUAGUGGACUUGAAGUGGCUCAUGGAGUGCGACAAGCAGAAGCGAAUUUUGCCAAUCGACCAUUUUUUGCUGUUUCAAAAAUCCGAGGAAGAAUCCUACCGGGACGGGCUGAAGUCGAUGCAGAUCAAUGACGAGCCCAUCCGGUACACGCAGGAAGAAGACCAGGUGGACGUCAUCUGGUACCAGGAACCCUUAUUCAAGCCGGAAGACGACGAUGAUCUCACCGCUGAGGAGCUUCGCCGGGAACGCGCACGAAAAUGGCACGCGGAGGGGGUGGCGUGGAAGGAGAAGCGGUUGAAGGAGCUGAAGUAGGGGAGUGUUGAUGAACAUGGCAGCAGUUCGUGUUAUUUGGUAAGAAUUUUGGGAAUGAGACCUUGUGCAAGACGAAGAUUCAUGUCGAUCACGACCAGUUAUUGUGCACCCAGAAUUUCAAUGUGUUGCGGCUUCAUGAUAACAAAUUGCCAGGCUAGAACGUUGUUGCGCUAUUUUCUUCCCUUUCCAUAUGCGAAAUGCGGGCGGAGGCGGUGUUGGCGCGGGUGAAGCCACUAGCUCCACAUCGGGGGCGAUGCGGAACAAAAAGUGAGAGUCCAGGAUGAAAAGGAACGCGAAGAAUGAGGUAGUGACAAUCAAGAUUGGUCGUUGCACUUGAAGUUCACAAACAAACGCUCUCGUACUGCAGAGAAAAACCAACCUGGAACAUCAUGCUGCAGAUGGACCAAAAUGAAGUUGGAAGAACAAUAAAACAAUUUCGCUGCGCCUAAUCUCUCUGAUGGUCACAAACAGGAAGUGCUACAAAC